GAUAAUCAAAGGAGCUCUCAUGUCAGGGAGGACAUCGGAUUUGAUGUUGAUUUCGUGGAGUAUGGGAAUGGUGCUGCAAACCGAACGAAUCAGCAUUCCAGUAUAGAUGCUUCACAGCUGUUCGAAGAAUUGAUGGAGGACAAUUAUGAGAAUUUUAGACCAUCAUCCGGGAGGGGCCGCUCUGCGCGUGGGCGACAGGGUUCCCGAGGCAGAGGACGCCAGAGCCGCGGCAGGAGUAAUGGCCGGGUCUGCGCACAACCGUCACAGCGUCCUGCAGCACAACCUCCACCACCACCUCCCCCAGCACCUUCACCCGAACGGACCCAAUCUAGAAGCGACAAUCCGCUGCGCAAUGAGGUGUUCUCUGAUGCCGAAGAACUUCCCGACGACACGGAGGAGUGUCGGGGUCUUCGUCGGUGGCGAGAGUGCAUCAUUUGCAACGCUCGAGUAGGGCGAUACGUCCUGUUGCCCUGUCGGGGAUUCCCUGUGUGUGGCUCUUGCUUACAUCGAUGGUUUGUAGAAUUUAGGAACGACAACUGCCCGCACUGCCGCGGCCCAGUUGUAGGGUGGCUCCGUUUGAACAUUUAAAUUUAUCCUUUCCUUAUUUUAGAAAUGAAUUGGGAAUGUAGUUUAUUUCUUUAAUGAUCCAUUAUCACCACUUCUUAUUCAGAAUUAUUACAUUUCCUUUGUGGAGUGUAUUUUGUUUUCAUUUGUACUUACUAUUUCUUUUGGAGUGAAUCUUGUAUCUAGUUUGAUAUUGCUUUUAUAUUGUUAAUAUACUUAUCUUUUCCCUAUGGAGUUAUUUGUGAUUGUAGUUGUAUGUUGCUUUAGUGGAUCAUUAUGACUUUGCUGACAAUUUAAAUUUUAGUGACACUUGAGCCCUCAUUUAUUUCAAUAAU